AUGGCGUUGAAGCGUAUCAACAAGGAACUCACAGAUCUCGGCCGCGAUCCUCCCUCAUCAUGCUCCGCUGGCCCUAUGGGCGAUGACCUCUUCCACUGGCAAGCUACCAUUAUGGGUCCCGGCGACUCUCCAUUCCAAGGCGGCGUCUUCUUCCUAGCCAUCCACUUCCCUACAGACUAUCCCUUCAAGCCUCCCAAGGUCAACUUCACCACCCGCAUCUACCACCCCAACAUCAACUCUAACGGCAGCAUCUGCUUGGAUAUUCUGAGAGAUCAGUGGAGUCCCGCUCUGACAAUAUCGAAAGUUCUUCUAUCUAUCUGCUCUAUGCUCACAGACCCCAAUCCUGACGAUCCCCUGGUUCCCGAGAUUGCGCAUGUCUACAAGACCGAUCGAGCUCGAUAUGAGGCCACUGCCCGUGAGUGGACGCGCAAAUUUGCCAUUUAG